AUUCCGUUCCAACGAUCGGUACGCUAAUUUUUCCAAAUCCUCGAAAUCAUUGUUUACUGACCCUGCAAUCACCACCCGACCUUGACCUCAUUCGCACGGUAUCGCGAAAACUUCCCGAUAGGUCACCCAUCCUUUUACUACUCCAGCCCAAACACGCUUAACUCUGGAAUUCUAAACGGAUGUAACACGAAAAAGGUAAGUCAACUUUGGUGAUACAGCUAGUCAAAUCAAUUCUCUUAAACCUUUCCAUAUAUCACAACUCGGGAUGUUACAAUUCAACCCUCUUAAAUAACACAACAUCUUCGUUGCGCCUCAUGACAUGUCUCAAGACGCCUCUCGGGUCAGAACCGAGAUGGCUAACCUGGUUUUGAUACCACUUGUAACGCCCCGACCGUCAACGGCUAAUGGGCCACCCAUGUCCGCUCUCUCGGCCCGUGGGCCGCAUCUCAUUCCAACGAUCGGUCCGUUAAUUUUUCCAAAGGCUCGAAAUCAUUGUUUACUGACCCUGCAAUCACCACCCGACCUUCCCCGUGCUUUGGCCUCACUCGCACGGUAUCGCGAGUCACUUUCCGAUAGAUCAUCCAUCCUUUCACUACUCUACCCCAAGUACGCUUAAUUCUUGAGUUUUAAACAGAUGUGUUACGGAAAAAGUAAGCCAAUUUUGGUGAUAUAAGUAGUAAAAUCAAUUAUCUUAAACAUUUUCAUAUAUCAGAACUUGGAUGUUACACGUUGUUUUACUAUUCUAGGCUUACGCACAAAAAGGGGACAGUUCUUCUCAUUAUGGGCCAAGUUCCUAAAGGAUACAAAAUGACACAAAGAGUAACCGUAGAAUGCAUGAAAUUGAAUAGUCGAACCAUUUUCUGCUUAUUUUUGUCAAAUUCUUUUUUUGAUAAAGGCCUUCAUUUUUUAAAAUAUUUACAAACAAGAGUAAAAACAUUACGAUAGAAAAACAGAAUAACAAGGAGAGAGAAAGGAGAAGCUAGGAGGAUGUAGGUAAAGCACGAAGCUCUUCCUAAAACCGAAAGAAAUCAGAUCGUGAGCCAAAUCUCAAGAAGAGAUCCACCGCAUGGUCUGCCCAUUUUUUUCAGCACCGUUGCAGGAGGACGCGUUACUACAUCAUGUAGCCUUAAAUUUCGUUCUUUCCAAAGCUCAUAAGUAGAUACAAGCCUGCCAGGCCUGAAAACAUGCCAAAGUAGUAGCUGUGGAACGAGGUUAGAGUGACAGCCAUUGGAAAUUGCAUUCGCCAAAUUUCGUUCUUUCCAAAUUUCGUUUUUGUCAAAUUCACAUAUUGGAAAUUGCAUUCACUAACAAAAAAAACCAUAAUUUACUAACUAAAAUUACACCUCCUCUCUUCUUUUUUUUUUUCUUCCUAUUUCUCUUUAUCAUCUAUCUCCAAAACUAUUUUUUUUCUUUUUUCUAUUAUUUCACAAAUAAGCCCUUCGCAUGUUCUAGUACUAAAACAUGCAUUCACAUUUUUAUUUUUAUCUACCAGUGGAACCUCUUUUUAAUAAGCAAAUUCCAUAAACUCCACUCAAAUGAUAAAAACUAUACUGUUUUUCUUGUCGAUCUACAGUAGUCAAGUUACUAGUUACGUUUUUCAGUCAAUACAAUACAACAACUUUUAGUUUCAAAUUUCUUUAAUAAAGAAAAAUUAGUUUAUUUAUAAAGGUAUUUUUCUAUUUGCCCCUCAAUAUUUUAAUUUUAGGAUGCCUCCCAUGUCUCUCUAACUAAAUAUAACCUCUCUAUUCUAUUAAUAAGAAACAGAAAACUAAAUAAUUCAAAUUUCUUUUGAAAAAUGGUAUAGCCUUAAGUUUGGAACACCAAGCAACAUCUAAAAGAGAUCAAAAGAACCAUUUUCUAACAAAAGCGAAUCACAACGCAAAAAACCAACAAUAACUGGAAUUGGUUUAUCGUUCACUUAAAUCUGCUUCAUUAAAAAUUCAUCAAAAAGAUUCAUCCUUUCCAUCAACAUAUUGCUUUUCUUUUCUUCAUAGAAUCAACUUAUCUUAAUUACAGAAAUAAAAAUGGGUUGUGGAAAAUCAAAACACGAUGUUGUUACGGGAAACACCAGAACGGUUAGAAAACCCUUAGAAGCUGAAUCAGUGAAGGGUAAAGAAAAUGAGACAAUAAGGAAACAAGAAAGCUGCCAAUGCCAGAAAAGCACCGACGUCGCCGCUGCGGUUUCUGCAGACCGGCCAGAUACCACCUUGGAAAACAAUACCCAGAAGGAAAAAGAAGCUGAAGUAGAUUGUGGUGAGAAGCCAGAGGAAAAGGAAGCUGGGGAAGAUGAACACAAAGCAGAGGAAAAGGAAACCGCCAUUUUGCCGCCGGUAAUGGCAAUAGUGCCAGAAAAUAUUGUGACGGAGGAAACAUCCAACGACGUAAAUGAGAGCGUUUUGAUUGUGGAUAAACAAAAUGCAGAGGAAGGUGAUAUUGAGACUGUGGUCGAAGAGGAAAAAAGUAUUGACGAUAAAAUUUCGGGUGAUGUCGACACUGAAAUUUCACCUCCUGAGAUUGAAGAACCAAAACCAGAUGUACAAACUUCGGAAACAACAGAAUCAGAAGUUCAAGAUACUUUAACUACAGAGAAUGUAGAGAUUGUGGCAGCAGAAAACGUAGAAACUGCGUCCACAGAUCACGAUGAAGUUCCGGUUUUAAAGGACGAAGAUAAAGUUGAUCAUGUAGAGGAAAAUCUGGCAAAGGAAGUUGAGUCGGCAUGAACAAA